AUGGAAAUUCGCUCGGCUCCCACUCCACCCACUUCAUCACCACCAUCGCGAUCCAAUCGAACGGUCCAGAUUUUCGCCGUCUUUCUCGCAAUCGCCCUCUUAUUCUUCGUCGCAUACGUCCAAACCCGGCCGCCUGCAACUCCCGACGCUCUCCCCGCCGCUCUCCACACCCCCGUCGCCCUCCGCUCUCUCAUCCAGCUCAACUCCACCGCAGCCUUCGGCGUCGUCCCCUCCGCCUUAAAACCCCGCCCGAAUUUCGCCACCACAGGCGGGGGAAGCAGCAACAGCGGCACCCGCGGAACCCGCGGCGGCCGCGGCGGGGGAACCGGCGGGGGAACCGGCGCGGUGUAUCUCCGCGAAUACAGGCAGCCAAUGGUGAACGGGAAACCGGAAUUCACGUGUUACCACACGGAUCAUCUGCCCUGUAACGAGGCGGAUCGCAAGUUCGGGCCGUCGCUUGAUAUGAUUCGCGAUCUGGAGCUCUCGCGCGCGGACCGCGAGAUGCUGCACGUGCUGCGCCGCUUCCGCUGGCAGCGCGAGGAGCUCGCGCUGCAGGUGCCGCGGCGGGAGCGGAAGGUGGCCUUCAUGUUCCUCACUAAAGGAGCCGUACCGCUUGCCCCUCUGUGGGAACGAUUCUUCAAGGGCCACGAGGGGCGGUACUCCAUCUAUGUGCAUGCCUCUCCGGAUUACACCUUCCCCAGAAACGCCUCCACGCUCUUCAGCAACAACACAAUCCGUAGUGAGCCGGUCGGAUGGGGUCUACCCACAAUGGUGGACGCGGAGAGGCGACUCAUGGGUGCUGCGCUCGCAGAUCCCGCCAACCACCGCUUCGUGCUGCUCUCAGAAUCGUGCAUACCAGUGAAGAGCUUCAACUACAUAUGGGACUACCUGAUGGGCACUCGCUACAGCUUCGUCUCCAGCUUCUUCAUAGAUCGCCCCGUGUGCUCUGGCCGCUACGACAAGCACAUGCAGCCCAAGAUCACGCUCAGCCAGUGGCGGAAGGGGUCGCAGUGGUUUGCAGCCACGAGGCGGCAUGUGAACAUCAUCAUCGAUGACGACAGCAUCCAUGCGCUCUUCCAGAAGUACUGUCGGGGCGACAAGUGGCAUCACCACUGCUACGCGGACGAGCACUAUAUCCCAACCCUGCUCAAUAUAAAGGAUCCCGGCCGUAUGGCCAACCGCACAAUCACCUAUGUGGACUUCCCGCCCCUGCAGCAGCACCCCUCGUCUUUCCUCCCUCAAAACAUCACCGAGGACCUCUUUCAGAACAUCACGGAGCCCCUAGACUACAGUCUCAUCAACGUGGUUGAGCAUCGGGAAAAGAUUCCCCAGAGUGCAUACACCCUACCAUGUUCUCUGAAUGGGAAGAAGCGCACCUGUUUUUUGUUUGCGCGAAAAUUUCCGCCCAGUGCCCUCCCCGCUCUUCUAUCCCUUUCCGAGGACAUUUUGGGCCCUGUCGCCAUCGUCGUCCUCAUCUUCCUCGCCUACCUCGCGGCGUCGCCCACCAGUAAUCCUGCAGAGCUGGCGAUCGGCGACGCGGACCUGCUGACGUCAAUAGUGGGUGGCAAAUCCGCGUCUCGCGUGAUCAUCGAAUCCGACGGAAUGGAUGAUUCCGAAGGACUACGCGUCGCCGUGCAACCAAUCAGCAUUCUGCAACUGCGUGGCGCGAACCCAAAUACCGUUUCUGGGGGCCCGGUUGCCGGCAGCAGAAGCAAGAAAAGUGAGGGAAGCUUGCUGGGGGGAGGUGGCAGCAGUUCCCUGGGCAGCAAGGGGGACGGGAAAAGCAGAUUUGGCGGGGCCGCGGCUGAGAGUAGCGAAACUGUCACGGGCAGCUUCCUCCCGCAGAUGAACAAAGCUGCUCUUGCGGUCGAUCGCCUGUCGCAGCGCGACGGAUCGACGAAAAAGGGCGGGGAUGCGCUGAGAUUGGUCACCGGGGUGACAUCUGCAGGGGCUGCGAACGGCGCAGGCGGAGAGGUCUUGAAGGCAAAGACCAAGAGGGAAACAGGGGCGGGUGGGAAGAGUGACGGGGUUAAUGCGGAGGGGGACGCAGAGGCUGAUGCGGACGCGGAAGGGGAUGCGGAGGCGGAUGCGGAUGCGGAUGAGGAGGCGGAGGAGGUGGACGACGAGCAGCGGGGCCUGCCCGCGGAGGUGCUGGCGCAAGAGCGCAAGCUCGCGCGCUCGCGAAAGUCGGCAUCUCGCGCCGCGCGAAAGGGCGUAAAGGUCACUGGUGGUAACCAAGCCGACGAAGUUGGCGAAGAGGAUGACGAAGCCGAAACGGAGGAGGAGGCGGAAAUGUUGAAUGCCGAGAGUGAAAAGGGAUCCGACGCGACCGCCACAGCCGACAAAACUAGCAAGGAGGAGGACGUGUUUCGCGAGCUGAAGCUGUCGCCGGAAGACGAGGCGAUGCUUCGCGAGCUUCGCGAAACGCGCGAGGAGCGCGAGAAGGCGGCGAGCCGCGUGAAGCACAAGUACCGGAAAGUGGCGUUCAUGUUUCUCACCAAGGGGCCCAUCCCGCACGCCAAGUUGUGGGAGCGGUACUUCAAGGGUCACGAGGGCAGCUACUCCAUUUACGUGCACACGGCGCCGGGCUACGUAUUCCCCAAGAACGCCUCCGCGCUCUUCCGCAACAACACCAUCCGCAGCGAAGCGGUGUCGUGGGGAUCGCCAACGAUGAUCGACGCCGAACGACGGCUGAUUGCUGCGGCGCUCAAGGACCCAGCCAAUCACAAUUUCGUGCUACUCUCCGAAUCUUGCAUUCCCGUUAAGAGCCUGAAAUUUACGUGGAGAUAUCUCCUCGGGACUGACUACAGCUUUGUUUCAAGCUUCACUACAGACAGAUACGUGAAUACGGGACGACAUGACGAACGCAUGGCUCCAUUGAUUCCUAUUGAAAAAUGGAGAAAAGCGUCUCAGUGGUUCUCGGUUACACGCAAGCACGCGAACAUCAUAAUUGAUGACAUCGAUGUGCAUAAGCUCUUCCAAAUCUACUGCAGGGGUGACAUCCAACAUCACGAGUGCUAUUCAGACGAGCAUUACAUCCCAACUCUAAUCAAUUUGAAGGACCCCGGCAAUCUGGCCAAUCGCACCAUCACCUAUGUCGACUUCCCACUCAACUCGCCGCACCCACGCACCUUUGAUCCCUUCCUCACUCGGCCCAGCCUCAUUCGCUACAUCACUAAGCCACGGAUGUACAUGCAUCGUAACGUUGUGGAACCUGAUGACGAAACCCCACAAAGCUCAUACACUCUCCCUUGCGCCAAGGAUGGAGAGAACCGCACCUGCUUCUUGUUUGCAAGAAAGUUUCAUCCCUCUGCUUUACCUCAGCUGCUGAGCCUCCCUACCAAGAUUCUUGGCUACUAG